AUGACGGAACAUAAAUUGUUAAUAAAAAUUUGUUUAGACGUCAUAGCUCUUUUGAUCGUUGGAUUCGCUUGGUUAGCCCUUCUUCUAUGGGCCAAACCAUAUGAGCGCGGUUAUUUCCAAAAUGACCAGUCACUUAGUCUUCCAUUCAAAGAAGAAGCUAUCUCUGAAACUCUGCUUGCGGGCCUUGGAUUUGCUUUGUUAGUCAUAACUAUACUAAUUGUCGAAAUAAUACGAAAUAUCAAGGGUAAGUCUGUCACGGAUAAGACUCUAUGUGGCACUGAGAUUCCUGGAUGGGUGUGGGAGUCAUAUGUGGCCAUUGGGAUAUUCACAUUUGGUGCCGCUUGUCAACAACUAUUGGUCACCAUGACCAAAUACGUCAUUGGACGGUUGAGACCACAUUUCUUUGAUCUAUGUCAGCCUUCGAUCACGAUUGCUACCAGACAAGGUUACGUGACAGAGUUUUCCUGCGCCGGCGCAGGGGGUGCAUCAAAAUUGAAAAAUAUGCGUCUUUCCUUCCCUAGUGCGCACGCCAGCUUUUCCAUGUACUGUGCCGUUUUCUUCAUUUUGUACAUACAAGUGAACGCUAGAUGGCGCGGAUCGAAAUUGUUACGUCACGUUGCACAAUUCGUGGUUCUACUCGCCGCGUGGUACGUGGGCCUAUCCCGUGUGGUAGACAACAUGCACCAUUCCAGUGACGUUGCUGUCGGGUUCGCAGUUGGAGCGGUGACAGCGCUAAUUACUUUUGCAUACUUGUACAAGCCGAAGAGCGUCGAGCCUCGUAGGUCCUGGCUCACCGAGCCUUCGACCCAACCGGAAUUCCUGCCAAGACCCGUAUUAAUGACACGUAAUCAUUAA